AUGCGUUCCUCAGCGUCUUCCUGCCAAUAUGACCAAUUUGGUUUGAAAUUCGUGCCUGCAAUUUGCACUAGAACGUUGCUAGUCACAUCCGAUAUCUGUACUCUCGGCCACCUUUCAACUCUUGUUUCUCUCCUCAUAAUAUCGGAGUUAGUGAUUAGUCUCCCAUCAGUAGUGGCUUGGUUAAAACAGAAAAAAUGUGCUUCACUCAUCCUCCUCGCCUCAAUUUCUAUCUCUUCUUCUGCUCUACGAAAAUCCGUAGAAUCGAACAGGGUCGGCGCCAGCAAAGCACUCGAAGAAGAAGUAUGUUCUGUUUUGGCAUCUCCAAAUACGAUACACGGAGCCAGUAAAUCGUCAGGAUUCAAGAAGCAGAUGACCCGCAGGCUUAAGUACCACAUCUUCUUAAUGCUGGCGGUUACCAAGUGA